CCAAAACCUUACUCAUUAACUGGGUGUACAUUACACACACCACGACCUGCAAAUAUAUCAACAUUAUUAAUAAUGAUUAAUAGUAAUAAUUAUUAAAUUCUUCAUAUUAUAUUCCAAAACUAGAAUUCUCAACUGCGACACUUGAAGAUUUUUCUCAGUAGAAGAAGGUUAUUUGAGGAAGAAAGGAAAAUGGGUGUUCCGGCGUUCUACAGAUGGCUGGCGGAUCGGUACCCGUUGGCGAUCGUCGAUGUGGUGGAGGAAGAGCCGAGAGAGGACUUGAACGGUGUCGUCACGCCCGUGGAUGUCACAAGGCCAAACCCUAAUGGCAUGGAGUUUGACAAUUUGUAUUUGGACAUGAAUGGGAUUAUUCACCCGUGUUUUCAUCCUGAAGGCAAGCCUGCACCGACGACUUAUGAUGAUGUUUUCAAAUCUAUAUUUGAAUAUAUUGACCAUCUAUUUUCUUUGGUACGGCCAAGGAAGAUUCUUUAUCUGGCAAUUGAUGGUGUUGCCCCUAGGGCUAAAAUGAAUCAGCAAAGAGCUCGGCGUUUCAGGGCUGCUAAAGAUGCCGCUGAAGCUGAAGCUGAAGAAGAAAGGUUGAGGAAGGAAUUUGAGGUUGAAGGGGCUUGCUUAUUGCCCAAAGAAAAGCCCGAGACAUCUGAUUCAAAUGUCAUCACUCCUGGUACUCGGUUUAUGGCAGUCCUUUCCGUUGCCCUUCAGUAUUACAUACAAUCUAGAUUGAAUCACCAUAGAGGCUGGAGGCUUACAAAGGUUAUUCUGUCAGACUCAAAUGUCCCUGGUGAGGGGGAGCACAAAAUUAUGUCGUACAUUCGCUUACAACGCAAUCUUCCUGGUUUUGAUCCAAACACCCGGCAUUGUCUGUAUGGUUUGGAUGCCGACCUGAUCAUGCUAGCACUGGCUACACAUGAGAUCCACUUUUCCAUAUUAAGGGAGGUGAUUACCCCACCUGGGCAGCAGGAAAAAUGUUUUGCUUGUGGUCAAGUUGGUCAUCUUGCUUCUGAAUGUCAGGGCUCAUCAAGUGGUGUUAAAGAUGCUAAUGGGGAUUUAGUAAAUGACAUCCCUAUUCACAAGAAAAAGUAUCAGUUUCUCAAUAUAUGGAGAUUGCGAGAGUAUUUGGAAUAUGAUUUGGAGAUAGCCAACCCCCCAUUUCCAAUAGAUUUUGAAAAGCUGGUGGAUGAUUUUGUGUUUUUGUGUUUCUUUGUGGGCAAUGACUUUCUUCCCCAUAUGCCCACUCUUGAAAUUAGAGAGGGUGCAAUUAAUCUUCUUAUGGUUGUAUAUAAAAGGGAGUUCGCAGCAAUGGGCGGUUAUCUAACAGAUGCCGGUGAGGUUCUGCUGGACAGAGUAGAACACUUUAUUCAGGCAGUUGCUGUUCAUGAAGACCAAAUAUUUCAGAAGCGCACUCGUAUACAACAAGCCAUUCAGAAUAACGAGGAGCUUAAGCUUAAAGCAUCAGGAGAGAGUAAUGGGGUGUCUCAGGCGGCUCCAUUAGUGGACAAGGUGAAGUUAGGUGAGCCUGGUUACAAAGAAAGAUAUUAUUGUGAGAAAUUCGGAGUGUCAAAGCCAGAGGAGGUACAUGAGAUCAAGAAUGAAGUGGUUCAGAAAUAUGUUGAAGGAUUGUGCUGGGUAUGCCGUUAUUAUUACCAAGGUGUCUGCUCAUGGCAAUGGUUCUAUCCAUAUCAUUAUGCUCCAUUUGCUUCCGACCUUAAGAAUCUGGCUGAUUUGGAGAUUACAUUUUUUCUUGGGCAGCCAUUCAGACCCUUUGAUCAGCUUAUGGGCACCCUGCCAGCCUCAAGUGCAAGUGCUCUUCCGGAGAAAUACAGGACACUGAUGACUGAUUCAUCAUCACCUAUUGUGGAUUUUUAUCCAGCUGAAUUUGAAGUAGACAUGCAUGGGAAGCGAUUUGCAUGGCAGGGUGUUGUCAAAUUGCCAUUUAUUGAUGAGAAGAAGUUGCUUUCUGCUACCAAGAAACUUGAAGGUAGCUUGACGGAGGAAGAGCUUCAACGGAAUAGUGUAAUGUUCGAUUUGCUAUAUGUGCACCCACUGCAUCCAUUGGCUCCACAUAUUGUAUCAUACUAUCAACUCUAUGGUCAAGUGCCUCCUGGAGAAAGGCACCCCAUGGUGAUUGACCCUACUGUGAGUGAGGGGAUGAAUGGUUUCAUUUGGUUAAGUGAGAGGAAUGGGAUAAGACAAGUGGUUUCUUGCUCUAUUAAUGGGUUUCGAGACAUCACCAAUAAUAACUCUCUGUGGGUAUCUCAUUUUUCUCCAUUUUUCUUAUUUUUCCUACAAAUAAUGAAUAUUCAUUGUUAUACUCUCGUGUUCCAGGAAUAUUACCUAUCUGAACCCACCUCAGCAUCAGCACAUUCCAAGGCUUCCAAAUGGUGUUGACGUUCCAGAAAAGAUUCUAAAGGCUAUUGACAUAAAGCCAUUCCCUGUUUUGUGGCAUGAAGACGUUGGAACACGGCGCCAGCUAGGAAGGAAUAGGCCACAAGUACCUGGAGCAAUAUCCGGCCCUUCGUUGGGUGAAGCAGCACAUCGUCUGCUGAAGCACAAUCUCAAUAGCAAAUCCAGUGAUACAUAUUCUGGCACUGUGGAACACAGGACAAACCAGAAUUUCUUUAUAAACCAGGCCACUUAUAAGCAGAAGGUUGCUGGACCAUCUGGUCACGAAAGGAACUUUUUUGAUCAAUUUUCUUAUCAAGGUACAGUUGGGAACUUAGGAAAUAACUCGAGUAAACCUAGAGCUCCUGGACCAACAGGAUACAUCGGCCAUUUGGAUGAACGUGAUUAUUCUAAUGGAUAUCGCAAUCCUCGCAGCAUGAUGGGAGGUCAGGGAUAUGGUCCAUAUUCGGAUGAGUUACAAGGCAAUAGGUCUAAUUUUAGGCCACAAUAUAGAUAUUCACAGCAGGAACAAUAUCACAAUGUAAGGAAUGGGAUGUCAUCUCUAACACUUGAAAGUGGCGGUCGCCCAAGGCAAAAUACUGGAUUGGCUCCUAGGAUGCAAAUUACAGGUCAGAUAAAUAACAUACGUCACCAUCAUGUUCAGAACUUUGGUCCACUUCCAUCACCACCUCCCAAAUGGAUAAGCAAACCAGCUACUGGGAAUACAGGAAUGUAUGUUAAGCAGCAAGAAAGUUAUUCAACUCAGGGAUACGAGAAACAAGUGAAAAAGAUAUACCAAGUCAAGAGCCGGCCAAGCCAGAAUGAAUCUGAUAUUGCAGGAUCCAGCAAUGGUCUUGCAUAGGGUUGUACUUCUUUCCUGAUCUGGGUGUUUUGAUGCAACCUAUGACUACAGUGCAUGUAUCCUUGAAGACCAGUGGUUUUUAUUCUGAUAGAGCAUCAAUGCCUACAUAUUUCCUCGACUCUUGGGGACCAAAGUCUUGAAAGCACUUUUAAGUUCAUUAUUGAGAAAGACAGUGGAUCAAUUUGCGGAGGCUUUUGUUCUGUUGUUAAGUUAUUCUUCCUUUUUGGGCGGGGAGAAAGAUUCUGUAUUCUAGGGUUCCCCGUGUACUAUAACCAGGGCAUUUGUUUUGCUCUGAAGAGUAAUAUGUGCUUGAUUAGGAGUAGAGUAGCCUAUUACUUCCGCAUCCAUUUAUUUAUGUUGGUGGGUUGUGGAAGAGAAGCUAGGAACAAUUUUAGUGUCAUGAGGAAAUGUGCAGCCUUGCCUCCUCUCUUUUAGUCCCUUCUAACAAGGUAUUUAUGUUGAUAAGUCGUCCUCACUGAUGAAGCAGAAGAAAAUAUGUACAGUUCGGCUGGCACGGGUAGAACUUGUACAUUUCUGCAAACAUUUCUGUAAACUGUUUUCUGUUUGACGCUCUCCCUCUUACUACUAAAUCUCCUGAAUAAUUAGGAUUUCCUGCUCCUUUGUGGCAUUAUACUUGUAAAACGAACAAUCGCAGAGAGCUCUGCUUCCAAGUAUUUUUCAUCUGUAGCGCAGUGCAGAGACUCCAAAAACUACCAAGAGCCAGAGAUAGCAGGAGGGACACAAACAACAGUGAUGUUUAGUCACUUAAAAUUUAACCAGAUCAAUUACUAUAAAAGCUGAACAAUAGUGAUGUUUAGUCACUUAAAAUUUAACCAGAUCAAUUACUAUAAAAGCUGUUCACACACUGCAUUUCAUUAGUCCAUUACUCUCUCUUUGGUAGUGCUCACUGUGACCAAUGUAACCAAAUCGGCAAAGUACAUGGAGAUGAGAAUCCUAUAGUUGCUUUGCAAUGUGAUUUAAAUGGUGCAACUAUACAUUAAGGAAUUCAGUGUUGGUUUAAUUCUUCUUGAACGAAAAUGGAGGGUGAAGCCAGAGCCUUGCAAAAUGAACUUGUCUCUCUUUCUUACAUUCCAUCACAGAUAAACAAUACAAGUAUUCUUCCGUAUACAAACUGCUUAAAAAAGCGAGUCUAGCUGGACGAGUUCCAAUGACAGAAAAUAACAAUAUAUCAUUAUUGAAGAAAGUAUCCAGACAAGAAGAACAAAAAUCCCAAUCCUAAUCCACCAUAAAUGAGCAGAGCCUUUUGGCCAGAUGUAAGUGUAUUACCACCAAGUCCAAACUGCUGAUUCUGAGCAAAACCAGCAAUUUCUACUCUUUUACUCUCGAAGAAAUUCUGUGAAGCUCCACAAGUUGGACACCUCCAAUCAUCAGGCAGUUUUUCAAAUGGCAGCCCAGGUGGGAUCGGAUAUGAAGGAUCUCCAGCACCUUCAUCAUAUUUGUAUCCACAAGACCUACACUCGUAGAUUCCAGUGUUCAAAACAGCAAAUUUCUCCUCAAGUCUUCUCUUGUCAAAAGUAGAACCCUCUUCAUCUUCUAGCUGCUCAAUCACGGUUGCUUCACUUGAAUCAUUGCUGGAAAUUUCUUCUUCUGAUAGUGAUGGUGAUGGUAUUGUGGGCUUAUCCUCUUUGGAAACAUCCAGAGAUUUUGGAAUGGUAAUGAAAUUGGGUUUUGAAGAAGGGAUUUGAAGGGCUGUUGAAAUGGAGUUAGAUUUGGAGAUUAAAGAUUGGAUUUUGAUGGUUCUUAUUGGAAGGGAUGGUUGAGUUAGAGGAGUUGUUGAGAGGUUAAAUGUGAAGGACGGUCUGGCUGUUGCUGAUGCCAUUUAGGAGAAUGAAAAUUUGGAUGUGCGUUUUUCAGUUGAUGAUUCUUCUCUUUGUGCGGUAAAUACUUGGAAAUUGUUGUUGGCAGUGUGUGUGUGUGUGGAAUCAGAGGAUCCAUGUAAGUGGAGGAGCAUAUGCUUCCUUUUUAUGGGAACUGGAUAAGGUGUAAAAUUGUUCAUUUCAUCAUGUCAUUUUUCUGAACACUAAAUAACAAUAAGACCCCAACAUUUUCUUGGAAUUGCUGGAUACCCGCAGAAGUAUAGAUUGUAUGCUAAUUCUG